AUGGCCAUUCACGCUCAGAGUGGUGCUGACGCAGCCGGGCUCAGUCCGCGCGCGGCGCGGCGCCCCCCGCCCCUUUGCCGGCGUCUCUGCCGCCCUCAGGCGGGAGCCCCGCUUCUGAGUCCGCGUCUGCCUCUGCUGUUGGACUCUGAGCCGCGCCUCGCCGCUGCGCUGUUCCGGCGCCUCCCUUCCGGGACACCGCACCGCUGCACGCCGCCCCUGCGCCGGCCCGGGGCUGCUGCUCGGCGCCCCGCCCGGCCACUGUCGCCUCGCCACCUGUGUGUCGCGAACCCCAGGAUGCGCUGUCGCCUUCGCUUCAGACAACCACCCUGGACAGAACUCCAAACGAAGAGCAGUGUUUCUGUCUCCCACGCGGUUCCGGCUGAGCCCCUGCAGGCCCGAGGCCGGAGCGCAGUCACGUUCAGGCGUGGACCUGCAUUCGCACUGUGCCUUGAGUGCCGCUUUGGGUCGGCCUCCUCCGUCUGUGCUCCGUCGGAUGCACACGAGGGGCUCACGGUGUUUGCCCUGCAGCGUGCAUCUCAGGGCUCUGGUCGCAGCCUGCACUCGGUGACGCGGAUCCGGUCACCCCAGAACAGAAACCCCAGGCUGGUGUAA